AAUUUAACCUCUGUGGGGCGUGUGGCGGCGAAUUUUUGAAGGAAGUUCAUUGGAAAAGGACCAUCCCGCCUCCCAGGUGUGUCGGAAACGGUCGUUACCCUAAUUCCGGGUUCCAUUAUUAACAGCUUCAGAAGCGUUUUCCAAGCGGAGGAAUGGCGUCGUUUUCGGAAGCUCCACCAGGCGACUCGAAGGCCGGCGAGAAGAUCUUCAAGACCAAGUGCGCUCAAUGCCACACGGUGGAGAAAGGCGCAGGUCACAAGCAAGGUCCUAAUUUGAAUGGCCUAUUCGGAAGGCAAUCAGGCACUACUCCUGGUUAUUCUUACUCGACGGCUAAUAAAAAUAUGGCGGUGAUCUGGGAGGAGUCAACUUUGUAUGACUAUUUGCUUAAUCCCAAGAAGUACAUACCCGGCACAAAGAUGGUGUUUCCGGGCCUCAAGAAGCCACAGGAGCGUGCAGAUCUUAUUGCUUUUCUCAAAGAGUCUACCUCAUCCUGAACUCCUGAAAGAAGCCACAGUGAUUUUUACAAGACCAUUAAAGAUAUGAGAAGUGGAGCUAAGCUCGCAUUUCAGUUUCGUUUUGUUUUGCCAUUAUGGUAACUAGAAUGGCUUAUUUUGAACUUUUUUUUUGUCGGUUCUUACAUUGUUUGGCACAUCUUUCGAGUCCAAAAUAACUUAUAAUAUUGUAACAAUUGCUUUUGCAUUGUCUGUGCGCGGAUUAAAUGCACGGUUUAUUAAUGUCAUUGUUUUGAAGUGGGGACCAACAAGGAUCAUGGCUCCGAUAUUAA